ACGUUGAUUUAGUCGCUUUGCAACUCUCCUGUCGAGUGCGCGUCCCCCUUCGAAUUCGCGAGCUUCCAAUGUAGAGAACCAUCGCCGUGUGAUUUUUUUGCUCUUUGACCGAUUCUUUCUUCCCUCGAACGUCCGGUCCGGUUCAACCCGCGAUCGCCUCCGUCGUCUAUCACUAUAUUAGUAGUCGCUGUCGUCAUCGAUCGUUGUCAUCUCGGUCUGUCUGUAUAGAAUAGAUCACUUUUUUGGGAUUCUAAAGUGUGUUGUGUAUAUUGGUCGCAGAUUUUGGUGUGUGCUUUUGGUUUCAAACGAAGAAGUGUUGGUUGAUCGAGAAGGUUAUUAACAUACCUAAAAUACAGAGAUAGUGAUCAUUAAUUAAACAGUGUAGCCGGUCCGCAGUAUAGUAAUUCAACGACUGGAAAAUCGCAAAACUGUGCCCUUCCGAGAACUCCAGCAAGAUCACAUCAAUGCUGAACCGCGAGAACAUCCAGUUUUGAGAUCUUGUUUUACUAGUGAAAGCCCACCCGCAUACAGAGAUCAUCGGCAUCCGGCCACACACCAGGGCAGUGCAUCACCUUGCGAUCCUCCUCGGAUCAUCUUUCCUACAGUGGUGCCCAACUUCUCGGCAAAGCUGAUCACGCCCAAGCGGUCGAGGUGCGCGGUGAGCCUCGUGAUCUCCUCUCUCCCCUUUUCGUGCCGUAGUGCCAUAGUAAAGCCGUCAAAAUAGGUGCCAUGGGGAAAGACUACUACAAAACUUUGGGCAUACCCAAAGGGUCGACGGACGAAGACAUCAAAAAGGCCUACCGGAAGCUAGCACUCAAAUUUCACCCGGACAAAAACAAAAGUCCCGGCGCAGAGGAAAAGUUUAAAGAAGUGGCAGAAGCGUACGAGGUGCUAUCCGAUAAGAAGAAACGUGAACUGUACGACAAGUACGGUGAAGAUGGACUGAAAGGAAGGGCAUCGAAUGGCACGACAAAUUCGUCACAAAACUUUACAUAUGAAUUCCACGGUGAUCCGCGGGCAACCUUCGCGCAGUUCUUCGGUUCCAGUAACCCUUUUGCUUCCUUCUUCGAUAUGCACAAUGAUAGCAUGUUCAACGACAGUCUGUUCAAUGACGAUGAAUUUUUCACAUCUUUUGGCGGGCUGGGGAAUCGACACGGGUUGGGAGGGGCUUUCAGAUCACACUCCUUCAACGUGCACUCGCCGCUCAAGAAAGAAAAGGUGCAGGAUCCACCGAUCGAGCACGAUCUGUACGUGACGCUGGAGGAGAUCUACCAUGGCUGUGUUAAGAAAAUGAAGAUUUCCCGGAGGGUACUGCAACCGGACGGCACCUCCAAGAAGGAAGACAAAUACGUCAGUAUAUCGAUCAAACCGGGGUGGAAGUCCGGAACGAAGGUGACCUUCCAGAAGGAGGGCGACCAAUCGAAAGGGAAAAUACCUGCCGAUAUAGUUUUUAUAAUCCGUGACAAGCCGCACGUUUGGUUCCGGCGGGAAGGCAGCGACCUGCGGUACACGGCGAGGUUAACGUUAAAACAGGCUCUCUGCGGAGUGAUCUUCGAAGUGCCCACGAUGACGGGCGAAAAGCUACGCAUCAGUACAAAGCAAGAGAUCAUCAAACCGAACACGGUCAAACGGAUCCAGGGCUACGGGCUGCCCUUCCCUAAGGAACCGACGCGCAAGGGCGACCUACUAGUGGCAUUUGAUAUCAAAUUCCCCGACAAACUGACGCCAUCGGAGAAGGAACUGCUGAACGAUAUGCUACCGAAUUCCUAGAUCACUCCGCGAAUCCAUGAAAUAGCUUCAUGUGGACCCCUCGUUCAACUUCAUUCGUAUUAACGCUCUCACUCCCGAUGUGUAAUCGUUUCUGUUGAUCCCAAGUUCUUUGUGGUCUUUCCCGCGCUGGCACUAAACGUACUCAACUCAAUCAGUCGAUGGAUUUUAUUUGUCCAUUUUUUUACAAUUACCGUUUUACGUUAUUUAUCUUUAAUUUCAAGCGCAAAUACAGGUUGUAACACGCCGCUCUUCCUUUUGUAAAUACAUUAACAGAGUCCAACAUCCUACUGUGCACUGCUCGAUACUGACCAGUUAUUUGUUAAUUUCAAUCGUCACAUGAUUUAGCAUGGCCGCGUUUAUUUCGCAAUAAACCCCUUACUGUCGUCGCCCCGAUCCCAUUUGCGAUAAUGAAUUAUGAUAUUACAAUUCAAUACUGUUGUAGAACGAUACGCUGGACCCUCCUGCAAGGCAAUUUAGGGUGGGGCUUAUUUCCAAAAAUAUUUUGUAGUUAAAAUUUUCAAAGUGGAAAGUGGUCAUUGAUUCGAUUAUAACAUCGUGUGAAAUAAUGAAAAUUAUUAGGCAGAUGGUGAGGUGGCACAAAGAGAGUAAGUGUAAUAUCCACUGAAAGAGUAAGUGUAUCGUCAUUUUGAGGAAAUUUUUCGUCUGAAAUCAUCAAAAUUGCCUGACCACUAUACCAACGUGAGGAAACAUUCUCUAAAAUCGCGAAAAAUGCACUUUUUCCCUUUUGUGCCACCUUUAAACCUUCACCAAAAAUUCUCAUUUUCUCACAGGAUAUUUUUGGAACAGUUUCCUAUUUUCCAAUUUGUAGAUUUUGAUCACGAAACAUUUUUGGCAAUAGCCUCACCCUAGCUAGGUAUUCAUUCUAUUGUCUGUACGGCUGUAAGCUGUAUUCUCUCUCUCAAACGCAUUCAAACACUCGGAAUAAAUUACCAAUUUAUAACAAAACUGAUGAUGAUGAUGAUGAUGAUAAUAAUGAUUAUUAUUAUUUAAUUUAAACUCGCGUUAUCUGAUUCUUGGAAAUAUAUACUCUACUAUACAAACACAUGAACGAGAUCGGAUGACGUAUGGGCUGGUCAAGUCCAUGCCUGCCGACCAGUUGGCUAGCUUAUUGAA